AUGGGCACAUUCAACAAAAGCUCAACAACAUGGAUCGUACUCCUCACAACAAUCCUCUUCAUCCUGUACAACUACAACCGCGAAAUCCCCAAGACCAUCACACCAAUCCCCCCAAAGCUCUGGUACAAGACGGGCCCAAAAGGACUAAACGACCAAUCCGAAAGCUGGCUGCGCGAAUGUCUCCACAAAAACCCGUUCCACGACACGCAGAUCCUGACCGACGAAACGGGCGACGAGUACGUCUCUCUUCACUACGCCCACCGCCCAGACAUCGUCUACACAUACCUGGGCCUGCAGAUCCCGAUUCUGAAAGCCGAUUUCCUGCGCUACCUGCUUUUGUUCGCGGAGGGGGGCGUGUGGUCUGAUUUGGAUGUUUCGUGCGAGGUGCCGAUCGCGGAGUAUGUGUCUAGGGAGUUUCGGGGGGCGGAUGUAGGGUUGGUGGUUGGGUGGGAGUUUGAUGUUGGUUGGGGGGAUAAUUUCAUUCGGCAGUUUGCUAGCUGGACGAUUAUGGCUAGGGCUGGAUGUGUGCAUCUUGGUGUUGUUAUUGAUGAGAUUGUUGCUGCUGUGAGGGCUAUGGCGCUUAUGUGGGGGGUUGGUGUGGAGGGGUUGACGAUUGAGAUGGUGGGGGAUAUUAUUGAUUUGACGGGGCCGAGGAGGUUGACGGGGGGUGUGUUGAGGAGUCUGGAGACGAUUAGGAAUGAGCCUGUUGAUAUGCAGUCGAUAUCGAGUUUGAUGGAGCCGGUGCUCGUGGAGGAUGUGUUGAUUCUGCCUGGGUUUGCGUUCGCGGCGUCGAGUAACAACUAUAUGAAUGAGAGUGGGGUGGCUUUGGUGACGCAUCACUAUGCGGGGAGUUGGAAGAAUCACCGUGGAGGUGAGAUGUGA